UCUCCACAACGGGCGGGAUAUCCGUAGUAGUAAGCUAGCUAAUAACAUGGCGAAGACUUACGAUUACUUGUUUAAACUACUUUUAAUCGGCGAUUCGGGCGUCGGAAAGACCUGUGUGCUAUUCAGAUUUUCAGAAGAUGCCUUCAACUCAACGUUUAUCUCAACUAUAGGUAUUGAUUUCAAGAUCAGAACAAUAGAAUUAGACGGAAAGAAGAUCAAGCUACAGAUAUGGGACACAGCAGGACAAGAGAGGUUCAGGACCAUCACGACAGCCUACUACAGAGGAGCAAUGGGUAUCAUGUUAGUGUACGACAUUACCAACGAGAAGUCCUUCGACAACAUCAAGAACUGGAUACGGAAUAUAGAAGAGCAUGCCUCAGCAGAUGUGGAAAGGAUGGUCCUCGGGAACAAAUGUGACGUCAAUGACAAGCGACAGGUGUCCAAAGAAAGAGGAGAGAAGCUGGCACUGGAGUAUGGUAUCAAGUUCAUGGAGACCAGUGCAAAGGCAAACAUCAACGUUGAGAACGCCUUCUUAACCCUCGCCAGAGACAUCAAAGCAAAAAUGGACAAGAAGCUGGAGGGCAACAACCCACAGGGCAGCAGUCAAGGAGUAAAGAUUACAGAACAACCCAAGAAGAGCAGUUUCUUCCGCUGCACGCUCCUGUGAGGAGACGGGAGCGUCGGCAUCCACCAUCGCCUUAACUGUGUCCCCCACUGGACAGAACUGGACAGAGCACACUCUGAUCUUCUCUUUUACUUUUCUUCAUGUGUCUUCCUCCCGCUCGUUCUCUCUGUUAUCGCUCUCUUUGUUCCCUUGACAACUGUGAAUCUAACUCCUGUGGCCUCUUGGAUGCUAAAUCUGACUUCUUUUUAUGGUUGCUCAUCAGAUUGACAGUUACAACUUCCUUAGAUUUUAUUGACUUUAAAAAAUGAUCAAACCUUUACUUCUCACAGAAAUGUCUCGUUCCUAGAUGGUUUCUUUCACCUGUUUUUCGUUUCACUUGGUGAAUUCUUAUUUAUUUGAUCCUUAAAACUAAAAUUAGCCCAAAUUAUAAUACCAGAACAGACUUCUUUCUCCGGUGGGCUUCCUAAUUUUGAAUUUGCUCCAUCUGUCGAAUAACACGACGUAUUUAUCCAAACUGAUGAGAGUACAAUCUGAACUAAUAUACCACAUUUGUGUACUGAUUGGGUGGCCUAGACUUUUAUAUAUCAACAUUAGGUAAACGCGACAUGUAAAUAUAUAUCAUUGAUUAUGGUUCAUUGUAUGAAACAGUAGUGCCAGCGCAUUUUACUCAUAUCAACAUUGAGUGCUCCAGGGAUGACGUUUUUCUGUUUUCCGACAUGGAAGUUAGCGUCUCCCUGGUUCCUUCGUCAGAAAGCCUUUGAGAUUUUGCCAUUGGAUUUUGGAUUGUUGCAGAAAAUAAGCUCUGUGGCAAACAAACAUUUAUGAUACCACAAAUGAACACCACUUUAGGAGUUUUUUUAUCAGCAGUAUUGUCCAGAGAGGUCUCUUCUUCUCCAAAAUAAAUGGACGCAGUGAUUUAAAUAAGUAAAAACAUAGAAUAAGAAAGUUUCAUGUUUAAAAAAAAAAAAAAAAAGUAUUUUUCCAACAAUGCUCUUUGCAGACAGGCUGCUGACUACAGCGGCUGAGGCAACACACACAUGGCCUUAUCUAAAGCCAGUGUUUCAUUUGUCCAUUCCAGGCUACUGUAGAAACCUGGCGGUGCAACAUGGCGUACUCUAUGGAAGAGGUCUCGUCCCCUAUGGAGAUAUUGAUGGCUCAUUUUAAAGUAACAAAAACGCAAUUCUUAUUUUAAGGUGAUAAUACACUAAAGAGAACAUAUUUAUUAUAUUAUGUUCCAUCUCUGCCAAGAUAAAUUCCACACACACCGCAGAAGUCUUUUCAGCUUGUCUUAACCACAGACCUUAUUUCAGGCAUUUAACCGAAAUACCCAUCAACUUUGAGAUGAGGAAACUGGGAGUCCCUAAUGCCAACAAAUUUCCAGUUUUAAGGAAUCAUUCCUGGGGCACUCUGUUGAGGUUUACAUGUCCUCUGACCACCUUUUCCACUUAUGUCUUUAUCUUAAUUUCUUAGGCUGAAACAUUCCUCUUGUGAACACUUUAAUGUGCAAUGUAGUGUGUAUUUGGGGCCCAGAUUUAAGUAUUCACGUUUGCAGUCAGACUGGGUUCUUGACAAAGUAUGCUUGAUUUAAGGGCACACAGAUUCCUCUGUAGUUGCUUGCCUCAUAGUUUUUGCUGUUGCGAUUUCUGUGGCUCAGAUUAGAUGUGAUUGGUGUGAGGUUCAUUUGAUGCACUUCGACUGGUGGAUUAGCAAUACCUGACUCUUGACACCUGGAGGCAAUACAGUUACACCACCGUGGCACCGAAGGAACCGCAGUGAUGAUGAAAUCAUUGUUUUAUGAUCCGUACUUCUUCCUGUUGUCAGUUCCGAUGGGGGAACAUGUACACAACUGUUUUCUGGGCCUUGGAUAGGGGCUGUGUAGCAGUAUUUAUGGAGUGAAACAAGACAUAGCACCAAAAUGACAAAGUGCCCUUUUAUGUUCUUAUUGAUUAUUAUGCACUUUUUCCUUUGUUCUUUCUGUAAAAAAAAGUUCUUAACAUUUGUUGACUGUGUUUGUUGCAAGUCUUAACUGAAAGCAAAGAAUAUACAUGCACAAGUUUUCCAUGUACCCCGUCUGGGCUUCCUAAAAACAUCUGAGCACUGAAACCUUGUCUUUGACAAAAAAAAAAAAAAUACAGAAGGCCUUUGGUUUAGAGAUGUUUUUCCUCUAUAGUAACAUUCCUAUUUCACUUUUUUUUUUUUGCUUUUUAUGCAUCUCUGUUGAUGCUUUUGGGAACCCCAGAUGCACCCAACCUUACCCAGCUCUCUUGUUUCCUCUUCUCUCCAGAUAUCCCUCGCCUUGUUUUUGGCUCAGUAUCAUGGCCAUCUGAACUAUGCAUUCUGGGUGCGUAGAAAACCUCAAAAAGCUUUGCACAUUUGACUUGACAAGCUUUAUUUGAGAUUAGAAAUGUGCAAAGGAUCCUUGCUGUUUUAUUUUCUGCUGUCACUCCAAAUUCUGUUGUGUUUGAGCUGUUGGGGCGUAACAAUAGGAAAUUGAUAAUGAAAAUCACGUCUGACAUUGUUCAGUGAGAGCAAAUCAUUUCUAGAGGUGCUAAGGAGUCAUUGAAUUAAAUAUGUAACUUUAACCUGUGGAUUUAAAUCAUUGUCGUUAACAUGGUUGGACUUAUGGCACAAUUUUGUCUCUCACAGAUUAAAUUCGUGGCUUGGUAAAAUGCAGAUUUUGGACUUGGGUUUGGCCUAAAUUUCACCUGUAAAAUGAGCUCCGUAGUUCUUUUGAUUGGAGUCGUUUGUAAUCCUCGCCAACUAUAAAUUUGCCAGGUGUUUGUUAACAUAUCUUUAGCAUUCCCACUUGAAUUCGGAUUCCAUCGCUGAUUAUUGAUGCAUUUCACGGGAAUAAAUAAAAUAAUUCAGCAGUUGUAAAUAAAAUCUACAAUGAUUGUACUGAAGGUUCAUAAAUCUUAUUGAUCUACACAUUUUGUAGAUAUGUGUUUUGAUGAUUUAUUAAAAAUGAGAUUCUUAAAAAA